AUGGCUUUUCAGUAUAAGCUUCGAUUGAGCUUACUAAAUCUUCGAUUGAAUUCAGUCCAGCUUCGCCAUUUCUCAUCAAUUCUAAACCCGGACUCUAAAUCACCAUUAGGUAGCAAAGAAAAAUCCAGAGCUGCUUUAUCUCUCCUAAAAUCCGAGAAAAACCCAGAAAAAAUCCUCGAAAUCUGCCGAGCCGCGUCCCUGACCCCAGACUCCCAUCUCGACCGCAUUGCCUUCUCCUUAGCAAUCUCCAAGCUCAAAGACUCCAAUUACUUCGAGGGCAUUCGCUCUUUCCUCGAAGAAUUAAAGGCCCGACCCGAUUUGAAGACAGAAGGCUUCAUUUCUCGCUGCAUUAUCCUGUAUGGUCAGGCUGGCAUGCUGGACCAUGCCAUUCGGACAUUUGAACAAGCACAUGAUCUGGGUGUCGAUCGGACGGUAAAAUCUUUGAAUGCCCUGUUGUUUUCUUGUGUGCUUGCUAAGAAUUAUGGUGAGGUUAAGAGGAUAUUUCUUGAAUUUCCUAGAAAAUAUGGGAUUGAGCCUGAUCUUGAUACUUACAAUACGGUUUUAAAGUCAUUUUGCGAGUCCGGUUCGUCUAGUUCUGUGUAUUCGAUAUUGUCUGAGAUGGAGAGGAAGGGUGUGAAACCGAAUGCGCUGUCGUUUGGGAAUUGUAUUGCUGGAUUUUAUAGGGAGGAGAAGUAUGAUGAUGUUGGGAAGGUGUUGGAAAUGAUGAAGAAACGCGAUAUGUCUCCGGGGGUUAGUAUAUACAAUAUUAGGAUUCAGAGCUUGUGUAAACUUAGCAGGUCGGUCGAGGCGAAGGCGUUGCUUGAUGGGAUGUUGUCCAGGGGAAUGAAACCUAAUUCAGUGACUUACUGUCAUUUGAUUCAUGGGUUUUGCAAGGAAGGGAAAUUGGACGAGGCGAAGAGUUUCUUCAAUAAAAUGGUGAAUAGUGGGUUUAAACCGGAUAGUGAUUGCUAUUUUACUUUGGUGCAUUUCUUAUGUCAAGGUGAGGAUUUUGAGACUGCUUUGAAAAUCAGUAAGGAGAGUAUGGAAAAAGGUUGGGUUCCCAACUUUUCGACCAUGAAGUCACUUGUGAAUGGGCUUGCAAGCAGUUCAAAGGUUGAUGAGGCUCACCAGAUUGCACGGCAGAUGAAGGAGAAAUUUCCAAAGGUUGCUGAUAAGUGGACUGAAAUUGAAGAGAACUUGCCUAAGUAAACAAGACACAGAUGGCUCGGGCAUUAGGAACUGACCGGAAUGGGUCUCCAGUCUGUUGAUCCGUCUGUCCCAUCUUUUUAAUCGGGAAACCUUUGGAUACAAGACCAUGAAGACUUUGCUAUCAAUCUGUCCAGGUUUUCUGUUAGUAUAUUAGUUUUGGGAGAGAAGAGCACGUAUUUCAUAUUAUGGUUAUCAUGGAUGUGCCACUUACUCAUUGCGCAGGAUUGUGUUAUUUGAUUCUUGUUUUAAAACCUUUUAAGAGUGGAUUCAGGG